AUGUACAAAUUGGACGAAAUUUAUGAUGUGAUCAUUAGUUAUACUCCUACAAGUGUUGUAUUGUUGUUGCAGAUCAUCAAAUAUAGCAUGCUGACGAGGUGGUUAACGCUGGCGCUGGUGGCGGUUUGUUAUCGCCCCACAGACGCCUGUUCGUGCGCACCAGCACACCCACAAACACACUUUUGUAGCAGCGAUUUUGUAAUCGUUGGGAGGGUGCAAAAAACAUUUCGAGGCAAAGACUUUUACGAUUCAUACAAAGUGAAGAUUCGAAGCAAGUAUAAAGCGACGCCAAAAGCGGAGGUAGCGCUAAAAUCCGGUCGAUUAUUAACACCGUCCCAGGAGUCACUAUGUGGCGUGAAACUGCAGCCAAGGGAAACCUACGUUAUUACAGGUCGAGUAGUGCACUUAGAAGCUCAUGUGCAUCUGUGCGGUUAUAUCAGCAGAUGGCGUGACGUCACUCCUCGCCAAAGAAAGGGAUUCCGACUUCUCUACAAACAGGGCUGCACUUGCAAAGUUCAUACGACACGGCGGCGAACAAAGUCACAAAAUACAUGUGUAAGUGGCUUCAACGAGUGUUACGAACGACACGGCAUUUGUCUACAUGAUCGAGAACAGCGGUGCCGUUGGACCAGAGCUCCUGCUCUAACGAGGUGCCUCCAAGCAACGCGAUUCAAUAGCACUAUGACUUGA